CAGAGCCAAAGUAGGAACUUGCAAUACUACGAACAAUAAUUCGUCAUGUCGAACGCAUUUUUCCACAAGCCCGAGUUGGCUCUUCGAAGAGCCAUGGAACUUCAGGGAAUCAAUCAAUCUGAAGCCGCAUUGACUCUUUUGCACGAUGUCCUGAGUAGUCGUAGGCAUCGAACGUGGUCUCCCGUUUACGAACAAAUCAUGAUCGCCUACCUCAAUCUGUGUCUGAAACUACACCGAGCCCGCSAGGCAAAGGAUGGCCUCCACCAAUAUCGUAACCUAGCGCAAUCCCAAGCCCCCGGAAGUUUGGAAAAGGUUAUUCGAUACUUGUUGGAAAAGGCAGAGGACCAAUGCAAUAGGGCAAAGGCAGCGGCAGACGCAGCAGCCGCCUCUGAAAGUUCCACCCCCCUGUCGGUCUUGGAGGAUGCCGACGCAGAAGAUGCUGAGGGAGAAAGCGGAAUCGGACCCCAGGCGAUUUUGCUUUCGAGCAUGACCACGGAUCCCGCUAAGAGCCAACGGGAUUCAUUGUUGCUGGUGCCUUCCCUGAAAUUUUUGUGGGAAAUCUACAGAGCCAUCCUGGACAUUCUCAGAAGCAAUUCUAAGCUCGAGCAUGUGUAUCACGCCACGUCUGUCAGUGCGUUUCAGUUUUGCCGGGCCUACCAGCGACGAACGGAAUUUCGUCGUCUCUGCGACUUGUUACGAAUGCACCUGGGAAAUCUCCAGAAGUAUGGAGAUGACUCCGCCUCAGCCAAACCCAACAGCAAGGUGCGUAUUGCCGUUUUAUUUACGAAAAACUACCUAUCGAUUCUAUGCAUAGAAAGAUCUGCUUUGCUGCUUUUCUUCAACUCAUUCAAUCACAUUUCAUUUGCCGCCUUUUGCUUUCAACUUAGGUUCGAGGAUGGGAGGGAUGGACCUCGGAUUCGAUCGAAUUGCACCUGCAGACCCGCUUUGCUCAGCUGGAAAGCGCAAGCUACCUCAAGUUGUACACUGAAGGAUUCCGAACGGUCGAGGAUAUUUACAACAUUUUGCAAAUUUCACACCACCGCCGAAAGAACAAUCCCGAUUUUGCGCCGCCCAAGGCAAAACUCAUGGCCAAGUACUACGAACAGCUCAUCGAAUUGUUUUGGGUAUCGGAAAAUUACUUGUUCCAUGCCUUCGCGUGGUACAAAUACUAUGUGCUGUGCAAGGAAUACAAUAAGGGUAUGAGCGAAGAGGUCAAAGCUCAACAAGCCAGUGCUGUCCUUUUGGCAGCCUUGUGCAUUCCAAGCUUGCCAUCGAAGUCGGAUGAAGCCAAUGCCCUGGGUGACUCUGGAAUGAAGGAGAGAAUGGGCCGCAUGGCAACCUUGCUCGGGUUUGCGACGAGCAAUCCCACCCGAUCAUCGCUUUUGGAUGAAAUCAAUAGUCAGGGACUUUUCAAACAAGUUCCGGGAUACCUGCAACAACUCUACUUUUUGUUGGAACAAGGCUCCGAUCCUCUUGUCCUCGUCGGAACCGGCAAGCCUCUGUUGGAACAAAUCGCAUCACACCAGACUGGCACCGAAGACGCCGUUGAGUUAAAGCGAUAUGUUCAGCCUCUUCAGAGUGUCAUGCUCUUGAAGCUAUUAUGGAAUUUGAGUUCCGCCUAUCACACCGUGAAGAUCGAGUUCCUCAAGGGCCUCGCCGAUGGUUUGGGAAUGUCGUUCGAAAACGUCGAGAAAUCCAUCGUCCUCUUCACUCAAACGCACAAGGGACUUGCCGUCCGCAUUGAUCACCGAGCGGGGUGCUUGCGAUUCGGGGACAUCCAAAUGGAAUCGGAUGUUAUGCGAUCGCAGUUGACCGUUUUGGGUCAGCAAUUGGAAACCGUCUGUUCRACACUCGUACCGGAAGAUUCCGAGGCGAAAGCGAAGGCCCGUGCCGAGAUUUACCAAACCGUUCGCGACGUUCGUGUCGAAGAACACACYAGGUUGCUGGAGCGCAAGUCCCGCAUCGAAGAGCGAAAGGAAGAGGUCGAGCGAAAGGCCCAAGAGGAGGUCCGUCGCAAGCAACAACAGGCGGCCGCCGAGGACGCCGCUCGCAAGUUGGAGGAAGAGAAACGCAUCCAACGAGAGCAAGUUCUUCGCGAAGAAGAAAAGAAGAAGAAGAUCCAACAAGAAAUGGAGAACACAAAGAAGGAGCAGCUUCUCAGAGCCAUGGGACACAAUACCGAUGCAAUGACAACGGAAGAAGUCUCUCGUAUGGAUACGGACAAGCUCCAGAAGGAGCACCAGCAAAAGCUUCAGAAGAAGAAGGAAAACGCCGAACGCAAGACAAAGGAAGCCGCAAAACAUUUGGAUUACAUGGUCCGUGCGGUUCGUAUCGAAGAACUUCCAUUGAUUCGAAAGGCGUACGAUUCUAAGGUAAAGCAAGAUCGCGAGCAGUACGAAAAGGAAAACGUCGAGAGGGUGGAAAAGGCCAAAAAGCAAUGGGAGUCUGAUAUCCAGGACAAGGCGCACUUGACUUCCCAUAACGUUUUUAGCCACAUGUCGGCAUUCGAAGAAAAGGCCAUGGAAGGUAGACGUCGCAGGCACGAAGCUCUGUGCGAUGAAGCCGACAGAGUAGCCGAGAUUCAAGCCGAAGAAGACAAACUGAACAGAGCGCGCAAACGAAAGGCAGACGAGGAGAAAAGACGCCGAGACGAGGAGGAACGCCUCAAGAGAGAGGAGGAAGAGCGCAAGGCCGAGGAAGAGCGCCGAAAGAAGGAAGAAGCCAGGCGAAAGAGGGAAGAAGAAGAAGCUGCGGCACGAAAGAAGGAAUCCGAUCGAAUGGCGAAUGAACGCUCUCGGCAUGAAGAUUCGAGGGGAGGAUCGCGAUUCGGAAGUUCUGGCGGUGGCAAAUACAUUCCCCCAUCACAGCGUGACCGUGGUGGCAGYCGAUUCGAUGAUCGAGGAGGCAGUGGAAGAUACGGCCAAUCUCGAGGUGGCAACAGCGGUGGUAGUAGUUACCCUGGUGGAGGUCGCUAUGAAGGCCGCUCUGACCGAGGAGGCAAUGAUAGAUGGAGACGCUAGAGCGUGGAUGAUGAAAUCAUCCAAAAACAGAUCUUUAGUAGAGAACUSCCAUUACAGUAGAUCGUGGUAAUUAGUUAUAAACCAAGUMAAACACC